UAUUUUCUCAAAUAUAAAUACCAUAGGUUGCAUCGUAUAAACAUCCAAACAUCACAAACUUUAUUAUACACACAAAUCAUUCAUCAAAAUUUCUCUCUUUUCUGUUGAUUUCCAUGGAAUAUAAAACCCUAGAACUCAACAUAAUUUCUGCAAAAGAUCUCAAAGAUGUUAAUCUCUUCUCCAAGAUGGACGUAUAUGCUGUCGUUUCAAUCUCCGGAGAUCCUGUGAACCCACAGACUGCCACCACCCAUAUCCACCAUAACGGCGGAACAAACCCUACCUGGAAUUUCCCGAUCAAAUUCACCGUCAAUGAAUCUCUUGCUAAUCAGAAUCGUCUCUCUCUUGAGAUUAAACUCAUCUCAAAUCGAUCUGUUGCCGGAGAUACCUUGAUCGGUACUGUUCAUAUGCCUCUCAAGGAACUUCUUGAGAACACUUCCGGGGAUUCUUUAAGGCAAGUUAGUUAUCAGGUUAGGACAACCUCAGGGAAAUCCAAGGGGAGUUUGAAUCUCUCCUACAAAUUCGGCGAAAAUGUUGGAGCUCCGGCGACCAAGUCAGAGGUGAAAGGGAAACAUGACUCAAAGAUGGGGAAAGAUGAACCAGUGUUGGCGUAUCCUCCACCCGGAGUGGCGGCAGGGUCUAGUUCUGUUCCGUACGGUACACCGUAUCCACCACCGCAACAAGCGGCUGGAUAUGGGUAUCCACCACCGGCGACUGCUUACGGUGGAUACCCACCUGCUCAAACCGGUUAUGGCUAUCCACCCCAACAACAACAACAACCGGGCUAUGGAUAUCCUCCACCACAACAACAAGGCUAUGGAUAUCCACCACAACAACAACAACAACAAGGCUAUGGAUAUCCACCACAACAACAACCGGGUUAUGGAUAUCCAGGGGCACAGAAGCCUAAGAAGAAUAAAUUUGGAAUGGGUUUGGGAGCAGGGUUGCUUGGAGGUGCAUUAGGUGGGAUGUUGAUUGGUGAUAUGGUGUCUGAUGGUGGUGCUUAUGAUGCUGGAUAUGAUGAUGGCCUUGAUGCUGGUGGCUUUGAUGGUGGUUUUGAUUUUUAAUUUGUUUGUUUAAAGACUAUUUUGUUUUGGUACUUGUUUUUAUUUUUACUUUGAGGUUGCUUCUUGUGUUUCAAAUUGAAGCUAACUUGAUGUAUAUUUAGCUUUUGAAAUAUAAAUAUACUUUUCAUGUUUGUGACA